AUGGUAGAAUCAAUCCCCGAGAUGACCAUGAAGUUUACAAAGAUGGAGAAGUUCGAAGGCAUCGAUUUUAGGCACUAUAAUAAGAAGAUGCACUUCAUCCUGACUACUAUGAAAGCAGUAUAUGUGUUGACUACUCCAAGGCCAACAAAGGUUGAGGAAGGUGUUGUUGAGACGAUUGGAGAGAUAAGGAGGAGACAAAAGUGGGACAACGAUGACUACAUUUGCAAAGGUCACAUUAUGAAUGGUAUGUCUGAUGCUCUAUUUCAUAUCCAUAGUGAACCCUUGUAUGCCAAGGAGUUAUGGGACACCCUUGAAUUGAAAUACAUUACUGAGGAUGUUUCUAGCAAGAAGUUUCUGGUUAGUGAUUUUAAUAAUUUUAAGAUGGACGAUUCAAGGUCAGUCACUGAACAAUACAAUGAACUCCUUGGCAUAUAUGGUCAGUUUAAAAUGCACCAUAUGAAUAUGGAUGAAUCCAUUGUUGUGUCAAGCAUCAUUGACAAACUUCCUCCAUCCUAG